CCUAACGAAAAAUUAAAUGGACAUAACGCUUCAUAACAGGUGCUAAGCUACGUCGAACCUUAUUGUCGCCUUUAUAUAUUCCACCGUUUCCACGUUCUGAACAAAACCCAGGCAGGUUACACCCACUUGGAAAGCCAUGGAAAUGCCCAGAUCGGAACCAGUAUCCCCACCAAACAAACAGAUCUUCAUCCUGUCCGGUCAGAGCAACAUGUCCGGCCGCGGUGGCGUUACCAAGCACCACCUCUGGGACGGCGUUGUCCCCCCCGAGUGCCAUCCCAACCCUUCCAUUCUCCGCCUCAGCGCCGAUCUCCAAUGGGAGUUAGCGGGUGAGCCUCUCCACGCCGACAUCGACACCAAGAAGGUCUGCGGGAUUGGGCCUGGGAUGUCGUUCGCCAACGCUGUGAGGGAGCGCGUCGAGGGUGGUGCUGUGGUGGGGCUGGUCCCAUGCGCGGUGGGCGGGACGGCCUUGAAGGAGUGGGCCCGUGGGGAGCACCUGUACGAGAGUAUGGUGAGGAGGGCGAGAGAGAGCGUGAAGGGUGGUGGGGAAAUCAGAGCCUUGCUAUGGUACCAAGGAGAGAGUGACACAUAUAAUCAGCACGAUGCCGAGGCAUAUCAGGGGAAAAUGGAGAUUCUCAUAAACAACGUGCGGGAGGAUCUGGGUUUGCCCUUGCUUCCAAUAAUUCAGGUAGCAAUCGUUUCGGGAGAUGGGAGAUACAUCGAGAAAGUUAGAGAAUCGCAGCUGAGAAUAAAUCUGCCAAAGGUUGUAUGCAUUGACGCCAAGGGAUUGGAGCUGAAAGGAGACCACCUGCAUCUAACCACGGCGUCACAGGUUAGGUUGGGCCACAUGCUGGCUGAGGCAUACCUCACCAACUUUGAGCCAUCGCCUCCCGCUUCCUCCUCCUCGGCCAGCAAGCCUUGACUUGAAAGAAUCGAAGCCCAUUCCCCACUUGUACCUCUUGUAGUUGUUGUUUCAAGCUUUUGGUGGGCUUUUUAGUUGUUAUUACUAUUUUUAUGAUUUGAUCUCUCUCUCUCACUCUCUCUGGAUUGAUGUGUUUGUAAACUUUUGGACUUUAGAGCUAUUCGUACGGUGCGUAAUCCCUAUACACGGGAUGCCAGAUACUUGUCCAAGUGAAAUCGAUUGUUUUUUUG